CUGUACUGGAGCUUGAUCCUCACGAAGAGUACAGAAGAUUAGGGGUAUCGAGUGUAAAGCGCAACCCCGAUUGUGUCGGCCGAAAAUUCAGUAACGCUAUCAGUGAUGUAGCAUCAAGAGGAAAGUCAUCUAGAGGCGGCACUACGGUGACCGAGAAGAGGAGCGGGCUGCCUAAUAGACUUACGUAUGAGAAGGUGAGGUUCUCGGGUUACUCUGAUUACAUAUUGGGUUUGUCGAUGCUACGACUCGACGCGCUGGAAUGCCUGCAUGAACUUUGUACACCGUUGGCACUCUCCAUUAUCACAAUCGCUCCAGGGAUGUCCCAACCCAGCGUUCGAAGCAUGUCUCCCCGACCUCACUCCUCCAACGAACAAGACCGACCCUCGGGAAACGGUGAGGCAGUAAAAAGAACAAACCGGUUGCGUUCAUCUUGCGACGCGUGUCACCGAUCCAAGAUAAAAUGCACUGGUGGCGACCCGUGCUCAACCUGCCUCGGCUCCCAGAGUCGCUGCACCUAUAGUCGCGGCAAUAGACUUGGGCGACCAAAGGGAAGCAAAAACAAACGGACGUUAAUGCAAGACGGCGGCAACGAGAACGUCAAAGCACAGUCGGAAACCACAAAAGGUAGUGCAGAUGUCAUCCAGUGGCCCUCUACCGACUUGACGUCAUUCGAACCUGAUUUCGACUUCAACUUCGAAACGGCGUUUGCGGACAAUUUUGCGGACAGUCGUCUUCUUCUUGAUUCGCACCUGGGUGAAAUGGAAAAUCUGAACUCAGAAGAUAGAAUGGACGCGUCUCGCUUUGCUCAAAACUAUAGUACGUCGGACCCAUCAGAAUCCUUGAGAUAUGAUAGCGGCGGAUCUGGAACCGACACAGUGACUACGCCGCCAAAUUACACGACCUUGCCGAGUCCUUACAGGAGCUCGUUAGCUAGUAGCAAAGCAGGGGCCCCAGUCACAUCGAUAGCCUCAGGCCCAUCCGACUGUUCGUGUCUCCAGCAGCUGAUAAAGCUGCUCUACCAUCUGCAAGAUCUACGAUGUUCUCACGCCAGCGGUCCUGCAAUUGACGCUGUCCUCAUAGGAGUCAGACUUGCCGAAAUUCCAUGGAAGAUCGUAAUGCAUUGCGGUCAUUGCCAAAACGGAGAUAAGCACAAAGAGGCUUAUCUUCUCUUCUCCAUGAGUAUCCGAAUCCUCCUAUCUUCGGUCCAGAAGUUGAGCAGCGGCCUUUUCCAAACCGAAGUUACCUCGAACAUGGCAGUCUCGAUAGGCACCUUCAGCUUGUCGGGCGACGCAAAAUCAGAAGUCAUAGAAGUCGCGAUUCGAAAGGCGCUGCAAGCCAUUGCGAUCGCGUUGGUUCAUCUCUGGGAACGUACAGGCCGGCCAAGACCAACCCCAACUGCUGAUAUGGGGAUGGGCAACAGCGCACUACUCACUCCUAUGAGCCUUUUUGCCAGUAUAUCUGACGAAACACAGAGGCUGCUGGCUUGCCAUGACUUGACCUCGGCACUUUCUGGGACUGAGAAUACCAUGUCCCUGCUGAAUAUGUUACAGUUCAUUAUGAAAGUCACGGAGGAAGAGCUCAAGACUAGCACAUAUUGAAACCCCCACGUAUAGAAUGUCCAGGAAAGAUUACGAAUGCACAUGCGCAGAUCUGUAUGUUCCGAUGUAUGACAGUUAUCAAAAGAUCAUAAAUCCUUCAAGGUGGAGUUUGAGUCAAUCUUCCGGAACUCAUUCUCGAGUCGGGGGCGGGAUUAUCUUUGGCCUCGUGAUACGGCUUAGAGAUAGCGUAACGAUAGUGCAAAGGCUGUGUAACAAUGGUUGGUUGUCAGAAAUACAAAUGUUUGAACCUCUUUCU